UGAAGCUGGGAAAUUAGUGUCAGUGUGAGUGAUAGAGUGAACACAAAACGGGGGGAGGGAUAUGAGACAUAUCAUUUAAUGAAGUACAUCAGGUGAGAUAAGAAGAGAAUGAAGGAAUGAAAAAAUGUUAAAGAGAGAGAGAGAUUGAGAUAGAGAGAAAGAAAGAGAGAGAGGGAGAGGUGGAUUUAGUGCACUGGUAUGUGACGUCAGCGGCUUGUUGGAUUGAGGAGCUGCAUCCUGCUGAUUUUAAUCCUGCUGAUUAAGGGACAGAGAGCAAGUCCCUUUGCAAACCCUCUUGGAGAGAGAAACCAUCUGGUAGAGAGAGAAGCCAUCCAAGUAGAAGUUACAGAGGGAAAUCAAGCUUUCCGAUUGAGGGAAAUUGUUAGAUCGGAGACAAUUUGUGCCUGGUGAGAAGAAAGAGGGGCGAACCUCCCCCUUUACCCUCCCCCUCGCUCGUCCCAAAGGUUUUGUACUCGAGACCUCUGCGUGUGCGUGUGUGUGUGUGCGUGUGCGUGCGGACGAAAGAACGACAAUGCCCACAAACGGAAUUAACAAAGCCUUGAAGCUACAGUUUGGCCUCAUCAACCACGAGAGUCGUUACCUGACGGCUGAGGCCUUCGGAUUCAAGGUGAAUGCCUCAGCAUCUAGCAUGAAGAAGAAGCAGAUCUGGACUCUGGAGCAGGAUGACCAGGAGAGCCAGGUUGUAUUCCUGCGCAGCCACCUGGGCCGUUAUCUAGCCUCCGACAAGGAUGGAAAGGUGAGCUGUGGAGCCGAGCAUCCCAACUCACCCGAUUGCCGCUUCCUCAUUGUGGCCCAGUCAGACGGCCGCUGGGCAUUGCAAUCAGAGCCAUACCAGCGCUACUUUGGAGGCUCGGCGGACUAUCUGUCCUGCUUUUCUCAGGCCAUCGGGGACAACGAACUGUGGGCCGUUCACCUGGCCCUCCACCCGCAGGCCAACCUACUCAGCGUUGCGCGCAAACGGUACGCUCAUCUGUUCGCCAGGGAGGGCGAGAUCUCGGUGGACAGCAACAUCCCAUGGGGUGUGGAUUCCCUUGUCACACUGGUCUAUCAGGAUGGGAAGUACUGCCUGAAGACAUGCGACAGUCGCUUCCUCAGCAACGACGGGAAGCUGGUCAAGGAGAACACCCCCGCCACCAGCUUCACCCUGGAGCUUAAGUCGGGCAAGCUGGCCUUCAAGGACUGCGAUGGGAAGUACCUGACGCCCAUGGGUCCAACUGGCACACUGCGAUCCGGCAGGUGCUCCAAGCCCGGCAAGGACGAACUGUUUGAUUUAGAGGAGAGCCACCCGCAAGUUGUUUUCCAGGCAGCCAACAGAAGAUAUGUCUCCGUCAAGCAAGGUGUGAGCAUCUCAGCCAACCAGGAUGUGGAGACAGACAUGGAGACCUUCCAGAUGGAGAUUAACAAGGAGAGCAACAAGUGCAUGUUCAGGACCAAUGGUGGGAACUACUGGACACUGGUCUCUCAUGGAGGCAUCCAGUCCACAGCCACUGAAGUGGAGGACAAUACCAUGUUUGACAUUGAAUGGCUUGGUCGCAGGGUGGCCUUGAAGGCCAGUAAUGGGAAGUACGUGUGCACCAAAAAGAACGGGCAGCUUUCCGCUGUCAGUGAUUCUGUAGGAGAUGAUGAGCUCUUUUUGAUGAAGCUCAUUAACCGUCCCAUGUUGAUCCUGCGAGGGGAGAACGGUUUCGUGUGUCACCACAAGAGCUCCAACACGCUGGAUGCAAACAGAUCUGUCUACGACAUCUUCUCGCUGCUCUUCAAUGAUGGCGCCUACCACAUAAAGAGUGUGGGCGGAAAAUUCUGGUACAUUUCCUGCAGUGGUCUGGUGUGCUCAGAUGGAGACAAGCCUGAAGACUUCUUUCUGGAGUUCCUGGAGCAUGGACGGGUUGGCAUUAAGGGGAAGAAUGGCAAGUAUGUGCGAGGGGACAGCGGAACGCUGAAGGGCGAUGCUGAAACUCUGGACCCCUCCUGUCUCUGGGAGUACUGACCCGGCACAACCCAUGACAGACUGGUUCCCACCAGAGUCCACAGUUUACCCAGGGUACAGACUCAUGUGGAAAAUAUUCUCUGCACUUAAUUUUGUUAGCUGCGAAGUGCUCCCACAUUUUUUUUUGUAUUGGCAAUAAGUACAAUGUGUAGAAAAUUACUUUGUGUUCAUUUUAUUGUAUUUGAUGCCCCCCCCCCCC